AUGUCACAUCCCGACCUGCUUGUUCUCAGUGCAGCUGAUGUUUCCAAACUACUCGCUUCCUUCCCUGCACCUGCACUGCUAGCUCAAUCUGCGAGACUAUUCUACGCUCUUGCCCAUGCCUCAGCUGAAGAUCCCGUCCAACAACCUCAUCGCACAACGUUACCUCUCCCGUCACACAAGACCUUGGUCAUGCCCGCCCGAGUACCAGGUGUUGGGGCUUCUCUGAAGCUCGUCUCCGUACCAAGUGCUCCAGGCGAUACGCGCGGCUUACCUGCAAGUACCUUCGUUCUGGACGAGGACACCGGCGCGGUGCGCGCGGUAUUGAAUGCACGAGCUCUUACGGCCGUGCGGACUGCGGCCGGCACCGUACUUGCAACCACGAUCUUACACAAACCGGAAAGGUCCACGUUCAAACGCAUCGUCACGUUCGGAGCCGGCGCACAAGUACGAGCGCACGUGGAUCUACUAUGCGCUGUGUAUCCGACUAUCGAACAUGUCGCGAUUGUCGCACGAUGUAGCAACCAGCGCACGGAAGAUCUGGCGGCGUACCUGCAUUCAUCGACAUCGCGCCCAGUGGAGAUCGUUCUUUCGUCUGACGAGAAGGCUUUGCACAGUGCGCUCGGUGUCGCAUCGGUGAUUUUGACAGCAACACCGUCGACGACCCCACUGUUCCCUUCCUCCGCCGUACCAUCUGGCGCGCAUCUUAUCCUCGUCGGUUCAUGGAGGACAGACAUGCACGAGAUCGAUACAGACCUUGUCAAACGCGCUGGGAGGAUCGUGCUCGACUCGCGCAAAGCCUGUGCCACGGAAGCUGGCGAGCUCAUCGCUGCUGGAGUCGACUUCGCGACGGCGGUUGAGCUCGGUGAGCUUGUGCAGGGUGUGAAGGGAGAUGAGGUGAUCUCAGACGGGGCACUUGCGAAGGAGGUUCUGCAGAGUGGCGAGGUCACGCUUGUCAAGUCUGUCGGAGUCGGCGGACAGGAUGUCGCGAUUGCGAAGGCGGUGGCCGAUCUUGCGGAGAAGUUGGGAGGCAUCGGCACGGUGGUGCGCGGAUACGAUCAAGCAUAG